GAAAGACAAAUGAUGUGAUCCUAACAAAAUUCUCCUAUGAUGGUGGCACCAGUAUUUCUCUUAUUAGUAGUAGUGAUGAGAUUCCACGCAAUACUCCACACAAGCCACCUUCUUUGAUUCCACAAACUCAAAAACACUUUUUCUUCUAUAUAUGCCAAUUUUCCUUGUGAUCACUCCUCUAAAACAUAGAGGAUCCUAAAGAUUUUGAAGGAUCUAUUUCUUUUAUUUAGUGUGGAGAGAUGGAUAUUGAUCAUGAAUGGGAAAUCCUCCCAGAUCAUGGGUACCUUAGUGAUGAGAAUCAUCAAAUUCUGUUUGGGAAGAGAAAUAAUUAUGACGAGUCAUCAAAAGGUAGUGUCUUUGACAACUACUUCACCACUGAAGCAGCAUCAUGGAAUCAUAAUAAUCAUCAUCAUCAACAUCAACAACAACUAGUUCAUCAUGUUCCAAUAAUCCAAUUGGAACCAAGAAUUGAUGAUGAUGAUGAUGAUGAUGAGGAAGACACCGUUUCACAGAAUGUUUUCUUCAAGAAUAAUGAUCAAUUUGUCGAAAUGAAAAAGGAUUCUUCUUCUCCAGAAUAUGUUAGCAGAGGAUUGGUUAGUCCACCUUCUGCUCCUCCAGUAGCAGGGGAGGAAUCGAGUGAUGGAGAAUUCAAUAUAUGGAAGUGGGGUAUGAGUGGUAUUGGAGCAAUAUUUUCUUUUGGUGUUGCUGCAGCCACUAUCUGUGUCUUCUUCUUCGGAAACGCCCAUCAAAGAAACAGAAUCCACCACCACCACCGCCACAAGAUUCGCUUCCACUUCUACACUCAUGAUGAUAAGAGGCUUACACAAGUGGUUCAGCAUGCAUCCAAAUUGAAUGAAGCAAUUUCAGCAGUCAGGGGUGUUCCUCUCAGUAGAGCUCACAUAACCUAUGGUGGUUAUUAUGAUGCCAUUUGAAACAUUAUUGGAUCUUUAAUUUGGAUUCUACACUAUGGAACAACCAUGCGGCAAUAUCUUUUUUCUAUUCUGGCUCUUUCACAUUACUAGUAGUUUAGUUUUUGUAAAUAAAAUAAUGCCGGAUUCUGUUCUUUUUUGUUCUUGCUUGUUCUAUAGGUUACUUGCGGUAUUGUAAAUUAAGUCACAAUAGAUUAGGGGGUUACAUAUUUUCUUAUUAUUAUUUUAUCCAUCCAUUUGGAUUGGAUGAUAAAGAAAGUUUGUUUAAUGAUGCAAGUUGGCCCAAUUAUGGGGCAAAGUUUUAUGAAAUGCGGCCGUAAAGAAUUGAUUAGUGGUAAUUGUU